ACAUCCCUGUUGUUUGCUUUUCUAUUGCAAUAUUCAAAUUCACUUCUACGAUACAGUAGUUUCAGGGUCCACCCAGUAGAAGUUUCUAAUGCUGCUGACAAGUUGAUGAGUAAAGACAGAAUGUGGCCACUCCCUGGACCGCUUUCCUUCUGGGUGAGGUUAGUAUGUGAAGACUUACCUGGAGUUGAUACGGAGAAAGCAACCGAAAAGACAUUUAGAGAGUAUGAGAGAGAGAAGUCAAUGAGAAGACAACAUUUUGAAGGCUGAAGGCAUCAAAAUCAAGGCUGAACAUUUAAUUUUAAAAUUUAAGCGACAUCAUCAUGGUAACCCUGAACACUAAAUCUCUCACCGUGCCAGUGGGAAUAAUCCGCCUCUUUGAGUUCGCACUAACGCUCAUUACCUUCAGCCUGGUGGCUUCUGAAGGACACGACAGCACUUCAUUCUGGGCCUGGUGCAUGUUCACCUGGUCCUUCUGCUGUUUCAUCAACCUCCUCAUCAUCCUCCUGGAGCUCACCAGCCUCAACGCCAAGGUGCCCAUUUCUUGGGAUGACUUCACAACGGCUUUUGCGAUGUUGUCUACGCUUAUGCUGUUGGCCGCUUCGGUCAUCUACCCCACGUUCUACGUAAAUUACAGAUAUUCGGUCAGAAUCGCAGCCACAGUGAUGUCCUUCGUGUGCUUCGGCCUGUACUCAGCUGAGGUGGGACUGACCCGAGCCAAACCCGGGGAGAUCAGCGGGUUCCUGUCCACCGUGCCGGGCUUGCUGAAGGUUCUGGAGGCGUUCGUGGCCUGCAUCAUCUUUAUCUCUCUGAAUUCGGUCUUUUACAACUGGUUCCCUGGUCUCCAGUGGUGUGUGGCCGUCUACUCGAUCUGCUUCAUCAUUGCUCUCCUCAUCAUCAUCCUCACCAUCGGCAGGUUGUUGCCUCGAAUCCCCAUCCCGCUGGACAAAUGUCUGAUGGGGUACAACAUACUGGCGGUUUUAAUGUACCUCACUGCUGUGGUGAUAUGGCCAAUCUACAGUUUCCAGAACAAUCCAAGACCAGCAGGCUGCUUUGUCUGUUACUGGGAUAGCCUGGUUGUAGUGUCCUGCAUGACUGGCAUCAAUCUGAUCGUCUACAUCGUGGAUACAGUUUACUCAGUACGUCUGGUGUUUGUUUCACCUGCCUAGAAAGUCACAAUGGUUGUGUGAUAAAGUGCUUGUGAUGUAAGUUUUGUAACCAUGUAACCAGAUUAUGGCAUCAGCUCGGAUGAGAAGUACAGUUGUUAUACAGGCAGUUUUAAAUAUGCACAUACUGAUUUUGUUAUCUUAUUAUUAUAUUAAACUUACUGAAAGUUUAUUGAUAUUAAUGCAUUCUAAACAAUGUUAAUGAGAAUUAUGAAAAAUAAAAAAAUAUGACAAACACAUAAUAAAUAAUCAUUUAAACAUGAUUUAUUAUGUAUCUAUUUUGGUUUCACAGACUUGUUUUCUGGCAUCAUAACUGUAACAUUUAGUGUCAGUGUAAUUUUGACCUUUGAUCCUAAUGUUGACUCUCAUGUUUCAUAUGCUUACAACACGGAUAAUGUUAAUGUACUAAAGGUUACGUGGAGUGCUGAGAGAUGUUGAAAUUCUUAGUGAACAACAUUCUCAUCCUUAAAAAAACUCAUGAAUUUUGUUAUCAGUGGUGUUUCAGGACUGGAGUAACCAACACAAUCCACUGGAAAUACACUCACUAACAUUAUCCACUUAGUUCCCUAUAGAUAAAUCAAACCCACCCUAUUUAUUUUCAUCCAGAAUAUAUGGUUUCAUUUAGAAAUGCAUGACAGUAUAGAAGUAAAAUGACUUGUGAAUGCCAUUUCAUGUUGUCUGAGGUGAUUAAAUUACCUAUUUCUUAUAACCUCUCUGCUCUAUUUCACAUUCGAUCAAAUUAUAGUUUGUCAGCUAGUGCAAGUAUAAUUUAAUUUCCAAUAACAUUUCUAUUUAAAACUAAGGAUAAUGUACAGUCAAGCUCAAUGCCAAGUAUCAAGUAUUUUUUGCUGUUGUUUUUUGAGUUUUUAAAAGUUGUUGUUGUUGUUUUGUCUAUCUACAAUUAUAUUUUAACCUGGAUUUUAACAUGAAAAUAGCAGCUGGCAUUUAAAACAACACAAACUAGAUUUGGUCGGAUUAAAUGAUAAAACAUUAGAAGAGGAAAUCAAAAUGAGAUCAAGAAGUAAAGUGACACCUUCUGGUUGUCAAAUGCUAGUGAAAAUUUUUAAUUUGAUGGCCUCAUAACUUUAAUGUUUCAUGUCAUAAUUCACCUUUUUAUUUCAUAAUUAUCACUUUAUGUUAUAAAUUUGACUUGUGUCACCAUUUUAUUUCAACUUUUUGUCAUAAUUUCAAUUAAUGUCAACUAUGACUUUUUUAUCUCAUAAUUUCAACUUUUCAUGUCACACUUUUGAAUUUUUACCCAAACAUGGUUAAUUAUUAUUAUGGGCUUCAGUAUCAAAUGAAACUGAAGAUGUUGAGCAAUGAAGAUGAAAGCCGUAGAAAAAGAAAGAGUUCUGCAAGAUUGUUUGCUUUACCUGUAAAUCAUUCUUGGUCUAUAUAACCUAGUACUCUACAUCAUGCUGUAAUCAGGACAAGUAAAAGCAUAAUCCAAAUUAAACGUUCCUGUAAUUAAACCAAAAGGUAUCUUGAGGUGGGACUG